AGGGUUUUUUCACACUUUUGUAAACAACAUGGCGAUUCAGAACUGGCCCUGUUAGCCGACUGAUAGAACUCUGUGCAAUCAGGAUUUGAGGUUUUAUUGUGUCAUAGACGUGAGACGUCUAUCCCGACGAGAUAAACACAUCGGAUAAAUACACAGACUGACGGCAAAGAGCUGGAUCUACAAGCUUUCCAGAGGACUGUUUGACAGUCAAACGGUAAAAUUAUUGACAAGUCGUUAGCAUUUUCAGCUAGCUCAACAAAGUCAGCCCUGAAUCUUGAUCAUGAGCUGUUGAUUGUCGUGCAUAAUAGUCAGUUUGUUCAUUUGAAGAAGUGGAAGUACACUGCUUUAAGCAAAUUGUGCACAUUUAUGUUCAUUAAGUAAAGUCGUCUGUGUUUCCAGCUUGUGUUACUUCAAUUAUGUCUUCCUAUCCCCCCUCUAUGUGUAAUUACGAACAUAAUCUCCUGUACACUGCUUUCUGUUCCUUCAUAUUCUCUGGGUACGUCUAAAACUUGGUCGUAAUUUUGCAUUACACCCCCCCUAUUUGCCAGGCUCCCUUCAGUCUAUGGGCUCUCAGUCCAGUUCUGGGAUGUCUGGUGGAAGGGGCUCUUCCAGAGGCAACCCAGCUGAGCAGUCUGAAGCAGCAGAUCAGAACCAGAGCAGCAGCAGCAGCAGCAGCAGCAGCCGAGUCCGCAGGCCGGCUGACAGGCAGCAAGGAGACAGACAGCCAGCAUCUGAGGAAGAGGUCGAUUUGGCUGAAGUGCUGGCUUACCUACUGAGAAGGUGAGAUACAAUCAUGCUGGUGCUGACACAUCAAGUUGACAAAAUUGUUGGUACCCUUCUGUUAAUGAAAGGAAAACUCACAAUAGUCACAGACUAUUGUGAAAUAAUAAUAAUAAAAUAAUAAACUCAUGAAUCCUGGGUUCGAAUCUAGGACAGGGCGUUUCUGUGUGGAGUUUGCAUGUUCUCCCUGUGUCUGCGUGGGUUUACUCCAAGUGCUCCAGUUUUCUUCCACAUCCCAAAAACAUACAGAAGUGGGCUUAGGUGAAUUGGCCACUUUCAAAUUGCCCGUAGGUGUAAAUGUGAGUGUGGAUGGUUGUUCUUCUUUGCGAUGAACUGGUGACUUGUCCAGGGUGUCCCCUGCCUUCGCCCGAAGAUGCUGGGAUAGGCUCCAGUCCCCCCCAUGAUCCCGGGAACAGGAAUAAGAGGUAGAAAAUGGAAGGAUGGAUGGAUGGAUAAACUCAUGAAACAGGCCUGGACAAAAAUGAUGGUACCAUUAACUUAAUAUUUUGUUGCACAACCUUUUGGGGCAACAAAAGGUUUCAACAAUGGUUUCCUCCUUGGUCAUCUCCCAUUAAGUCCACUCUGACUCAAACAACGAUGGAUAGUGCGAUCUAACACUGAUGUUCACCUUUAAUCUUUUAAGAAGUUUUUCUGGACUCUUUCAUUACCGUUCGUAUUAUCCAACUCUUUGAUUUGUCAUCAAUUUUCUUCUUGCGGCCACGUCCAGGGAAGUUGGCUACAGUCCCAUAAAGUGUUGUUUUUGUGAUGGUCUUGUAGCCUUUACCUUUAACAUGCUUGUCUGUAAUAAUUUUCGUUCUAAUCUCCUAAAACAACUCUUUCCUUCGCUUGCUCUGGUCCAUGUUGGGUGUGGUACACACCAUGUCACCAAACAGCACAGUGACUACCUGAAGCCCUAUGUAUAGGCCCACUGACUGAUUACAAGAUUGUAGACACCUGUGAUGCUCAUUAGUGGACACACCUUGAAUUAACAUGUCCCUUUGGUCACAUUAUUUUCAGUCUUUUCUUGGGGUGCCGUCAUUUUUGUCCCAACCUGUUUAAUGAGUUUUUUUAAAUAAUUCUGUUGAAUCAUGGUUCCAAAUCAAUGUCGGAUUUUUCAUUUGUUCAUAUUCAUAGAAUUUUUAUUUAUUAUUACUUUUGUCAGAUUCAAGUUAUUUCUGUGACCAUUGUGGGUUUUUUUUUCAGUAACCGAGGGGCACCAAUGAUUUUGUUCACGUGUGUAGAUAAUGUCACUGCAUGACACCAAAGUAAAACACUCUGAUCACACACUGAACUCAUAACCACCACAAAUACUGAAAGAGUCAGCCCAAACCAAGGAUCCUUAUUUGUUAAAGUUGCAAACAUUAGAAGAUUGUGUAACACUCUCUGCAUAAAAUAGCCAUUCUGCUCGUGUGAGCGUAUUGACAUUUCUCUUUGAUUGCAUCCUAACAUUUGGACUGAUCACUUGUUGACCUGAUGUUUUUAGGGGCCAGGUCAGACUGGUCCAUGGCAGUGGAGCCACAGGGCUGCAGCUGGUCCAGUCAUAUUCUGACUCUGAUGAGGACAGCGAUGGCGCCUGGGAGGGUCGACUGGGUGACCGCUACAACCCACCAGGUAACUUCUGACUGACUUUGUUUUCUGUAUUUGUGUGAAGGCCAAAGUCUAAAUUGCCUGCUGCUUAAUAUCAUUAAGCCUUUUAAGAUUGUUUCUCUGCUGAAACGUACUCUCAUACUUUUUAUUAAAUUAGUUAACUGCAUUUUUGUCCAGUUAUACUCUUUGUCAUUAGUAAUAACUCAACAUUAAUUAACAGAAGUAAGGUGAUUACAUUUUCAUAAUAUCCUAGACUUAAAAAUCAAAUACAACCCUAAUUCUUCAAAAGUUAUGACACUGUAAAUAGUUUACAAAAACAGAUUUGAUAGUUUAUAAGUAAAUUUGUCCAAUAAAUGCAAUGGGCUUGCUUACAUGUAAUCAAAUGUGCGUUCAAUUCAAGUGAUAGUAACUUGUAUCUAAACUCUUAAGAAAAAAACACAUACAGAAAACGGUGGUGAGUUUUUGUUCAAUUAGGAUUUACCAUUACAGAAGUUGUGACACAGGUUAAACAUAGUUUUUAACGACGAUUGAAAUGAUUGAUUAUAGAAAAGUUGCCCAGCAGAUAAAUCAGAUCUCCUCUUUGUAACAACUUUUCCAAGUUUAAUGUCUGAAUGUGAUAAUAACUGUUUUCUGCCCAUGACUUAUCUAGUGGACACCCAACCUGACACACAUGAGGUGGACCGAAGUGAGAUUCGAACCCAGAUCCUGGUAGCCACAGCCUCCUCCUCUCUGAAAGGCAGACAGAGUUUCACCCACAUGUUAACAGAGGUCAGGAUGGGUAGAGAUAUAAUAGAGUCCAUUAAAUAGGUUAUUUAUUGAUAGCCAUUAUUGGCUAUCUUCAGCUCUGCUUUAAAGGGAUAGUUUGUGUUUUUCUUUUUGUUUUUUUAGGAGUUUAUGACCCACAGGGGAUACAGGUCAGCUCAGCUUCAACCUACAGAAGCCACACUACCAUGUUAUCGAGCUAAUUAUAAGAAACUUUGACCCAAACACGCGUGUCGUUUUUAGUGUAAGCCCUAUUUAGAAAUACUGAUGCAUUUUUACACUAUUCUUAGACAAGACACAUACCUGUUCCUCCGCCAGCAGCAAACUGAUCGGUCGUUUGAGUCUGCGGGCAUCGAGGAGACAAAAAUACAACUAAACUAAACAUGCUGUGUAGCUGUUUUGGCUCUCACUGUUUUUGUUUUUUACAACUACAUUCUGACUCAACACAUGGUGCGCACAAAAUACCCUGUGUUAGCUGUUGAUGGGAGCAGAAAUGACAAACUACAGCCACUUCUGUGUAUGCCAGACAAUGUUUAAUAUCUGCUGCUUGAAACUAUCUUCAACUAAGUUACAAAGAUAGAAAAGUUAACAAUAUACCAGCGUGAGCGUACUGGACAAAAGUCACACUAAAUACAUCAUAGACCUGAUUAGCUGAUCCAUGUGCUGCUUCCAUACUGGUUGUCCGACUGGUUUCCCUUGUGGGUUAUUCACCUCAAUUAACCGAACUAUCCCUUUAAUGUAGAUGCAAUGUUGGCAGUUUCAGUAUUUCAAAUAUUACAGAGAAGUUAUAAUUCUUAUAAAUACCUUUAAAUGUUGAAGAGUGUUUUAUUGUCUGUCUCUGAUGAAAACCUUUCAGAGGGAGCAAGGUCGAUGUAGAGGCACCAGCUUUUCCCACGGAGAGUGCAGUCGUAUCCGCACACAGUAAGUGUCACUUCAGUUUUGCACAAUUCAGAGACCAUAUCUGCAAAUCACAGAAGAAUGUGUACCAAUAAGUUCAGUGAAAGGCACAUCCUGUACAGUUUAAUUUCAUUCGACUGGUGUGGUGUUCUUACUGAAAAUCAGUCAGGUAUGUGUGUUGUUUCUAAGAGUACUUCUGCUGAUGAUACAUCAACCCUGUUCCUCUGCAGUUUUCUGCCAAACUAUGUAUCCCACAAGGAUACGUACCAGCAGAAGGCCUUCUGUGGAGUGUACAGUGAGGAUGGCAACAUGUUUCUCUCUGCCUGCCAAGGUAAAUAAGCUGAGAUCCAUCAUGAGAACCAAGAGGAACUGAUUUAGCACCCGAAAGUGAUUCUGAUUAGUGAUUGUUUUAUAUGUGAUAGCUCAUUUAUUUUGGAAUUUCUGUUAUAAAUGUAUCCUUUUAUAUUUGUUAUGUCUCUGAUUGUUUAUCAUUAAGGGUACUUUUUAGUUGUUUAGUGUUUUCUGAACAUGGCUGUGUGUGUGCAGAUCAGAACAUCCGCUUGUACGACACCACCAGGGGGCGGUUUCAUCUGAAGCGAACAGUAAAGGCUCGUGACGUGGGCUGGAGUGUGCUGGAUGUCUGCUUCACCCCCGACGCUCAUCAUGUGCUCUACUCCAGCUGGUCUGACUACAGUAAGGCUAGGGAGUACACGCUGUAUACUGUAUAAUACCUCAAAAUGUCAACGGUCGACAAUGCAUAUGAGUGCAAAAAAUUGUUGAGAAGCAAACAAUAUUUUUCUUUUAAUUUUUGAAAAGUUCAAAUUCAACAUAAUAACACCUGAUUUAUUUCUUUGUGUCUCUCCUGCAGUCCAUUUGUGCAGUAUAGAUGGAGACAGUGAAAACCACACCGCCCUGGACCUCAAGUUAGUGUUUCCCUCAUAGUAACUUAUAACAUUACAGAGCAGGUAAUCUAUCAUUCCCUACCAGCCCGCCCUCCCAUCCCUUCAUGACCACCUGGAUGAAUGAUGCUGUCAGAGCUCGUCACCUCAGCAUCCAUCCUCUGGCUGUGUGUGUGUGUGUGUGUGUGUGUAUGUGUAUGUGUGUGUGUGUGUGUGUGUGUGUGUUAAUUGAUGAGAAUUGCUUCAACAAACUCACUGCACAUUUAAAGGUGGUGUAGGCAGGAUCUGAGGAAGUGCCAGUUUUUGGGAGGAAUCUUGAAUGUCAACUCUACCCCUCCCAGACAGUUUUCCCCUCAGCUCCUCCCCUCCCCUCCCUCUCUGCUCCAGAAAGCCCCGCCCACAAACAGACACUCCCGCUCGCGCGUAUCGUUUCAAUUAAAUUCAGAUAUAAUGCAGAUAAAUACUUCAGAUAAUUACAAAUGGGGCCCAGUCAAUGUGAAAGUAAAAAGCAUUGGUGCUACUGUAGAUGCCAACAGAUGACCAGCAAACACAAUGUUUGCAGGACUUCUACAGCUAGGAUAAAGUGACAUAGUCCAGGACCCGAGGUAAACAGCGCUACAACAUGCGCCUGUUAUUCUGCCAGAGUCUCUGGUAUUUACUUUGUUUUCUUGCUUGUGUUUGCAGUCGUGGCUAAAGGAGGAUUCAGACAAUUUUCUGUACUUUGGAUGGUUUCUACUGUCCGAUAUUGCCGCACGCUAACUUUGUUUGAGCUCAUGCAAGGACGUGGAGUGUGCCUCAAAACACGGGGGAGCAGGGUCCGCCUCACAACCAAUAAGGUUGCGGAGGUGGAGAAUAGCUUUGUUUACAGUCAGAAAGAGCAGGCCUCUCAAAAAUUAAAAAAUGUUGACUACACAGACAUAAAACACAGCGAUAUCGUUAUAUUACCAAAUGUCAUCAAUAACUAAUAGCUAUUAACUGAUAUUAAAACUUUUUUGUAUAUACACCACAAAAAAAGAUGCUUCUUUAACAGAAUCCUGCCUACCCCACCUUUAAAGGCAUUGCUUAAAAUGUGGAGUGUGCCCUCAUCAAGCUUCCUCCCCCCAUACAAAUAUGAUAGUGCAGUUGUGAUUGAAAAUAGGUGCUAUUGCUGUGAUGUCAACCAGCUUGAGUGUGUGUUUUUGUGCUUCUGUAGCCCAGAUGAGAGGAGGUUCUGUGUGUUCUCGCUGGCUGCGUCCACAGAUGGCAAUGAGAUCCUGGGAGGGUGAGUACAAUUUGCUAUUAUGUUUCAAGGCAGGGACUGACAGUGUUUAAAGCAGGACUUCAGCUCCUUUUGGGGGAACGUAAAUUCAAGCAGCAUUUUUCUUCUCCUGCAGCAGUUUAUUCAAGGUCGAUAUGUGGUCAUAGAAAACAAGACAUUCAGACUUGAUUUAAAGCUCACUUAUUUCAGCCGGUUCAGUGUCUCUAAAGCUUUUACUGAGAAUUCAUUUACUGUCUCCUCUCUACUUUCAGAGCGAAUGAUGGCUGCCUUUAUGUGUUUGAUCUUGAGCAGAAUAAACGAACGCUGAAGGUUAGUGUGUGGACUGUGAUUACCUUGCCUGCUCCCCUUCCCGCAUUUUUUUAGUUACUCUCAGAUUUGUCAACCUCUCGCAAUCAUGUUUCACCCUCGGUUCAAGGUCGGCCAGUCAUUAGCUGACCUGAACGUGCGCCGCUUCUCUCAAAGUUUCCUAUUUGUAAUGUAGCGCCACAUAGUCCAGAGAAGCUGCACCCUAUCUUCCCCCCACCUGUGUGGAAGUCAAUGACUGGCCUCUGCCAUCUGCUUUAUCACUUUCUUAUCUCUCUCCCUCUGUCCUUCUCAUUACCCCUGAAUCAUCUGUCUUUAUCUUCUCAUCUUAUUGGUCAGAUCCAAUAUAUUGUCUGGGAUGAUUCUGGUGGUGGAAGUCUGGAAGUGUUGCAUUUUGCCACACCCUGACAUUUCUAUCUUUUUGCCAUAGAGCUCCAUUGUUACAGUAUUCAAACACCAGCAUCGAAGUGGCAUUUUAUGACAAAGAUACUGAAGAUCAUCCCACAUGAAAGUAACAACAACCAAAAGCUGUAUCAACCUUUGUUUUUAAAAACCAAUCUGAGCCUCUAACAGUUCCAGCUUCAGUGUGCUUCUGUUUUGCGAUGAAAUGUGUUUUCCAUAAAUUACUACCCUACACAAGCACACGGACAAAGACAGUCGAACACAAGAACGACGUCUACCACACACCGUCUCUCACAAAGGAAAUCGCAUAAUCUUACACUCGCGCGCUGGCUUGCACGCCCUCCACACAGGCACACACUUUUCUUUUGUUUCCCCUCUCGUCAGAUUGAUGCCCACGAAGACGAUGUGAAUGCGGUGGCGUUCGCUGACAGCUCAUCCCAGCUGCUCUUCUCUGGCAGCGAUGACGCGCUCUGCAAGGUGUGGGACAGACGGACACUGCGGGAGGACAGACCGCAGCCUGUCGGACAGCUGGCUGGCCAUCGAGAUGGCAUCACCUUCAUCCACAGCAAGGUAGGGGGCGAGGAGAGGGAUGCUGGUGGUGUUUUAUCAAUCUGUCACUGGAAAGUUCCUCAGAUCCUCCUGGGAAGUUGAUUUGACUGAUGAUUGGUCGGUGCGUGAUUAAUCUCAGGUCCAUAAUACCUCAGCGCGAGGUGUCAGUGCUCUAUUUAAAGUGUCCAGCGUUUGGGUUUGUUUCCUCCUUUGUAAUUGUGGGUCCUUUUUGAACCUGUGUCAUGUCUAGGGUGACGCCCGCUAUUUGAUCAGCAACUCCAAAGACCAGUCUAUCAAGCUCUGGGACGUUAGGAAGUUCUCACCCAAAGAAGGACUGGCUGCUUCCCGCCUGGCUGUCACCCAACAAAACUGGGAUUACCGCUGGCAGCAGGUUCCCCAGAGAGGUGAGGAGGACGGAGGGAACCACUGGAGGUGAUGGAGAGGAAAGGAAAGGAAAGGAAAGGAAAAGAAACAGGGGGAGAGGAAAGGAAACAGGAGGAGAGAAGAGAGGCAAGGACAGGAAAGGAAAGGAAAGGAAAUGAAACGAAACGAAACAGGAGGAGAGAGGAGAGGCGAGAACAGGAAAGGAAAGGAAAGGAAAUGAAAUGAAAAGAGAGGAGAAGAGAGGAGAAAUAAAGAGGAAAUGAAAGGAAACAGGAGGAGAGAAGAAAAAAGAGAGGAAAAGAAGGGAAAAGAAAAAAGGAAACAGGAGGACAAGAGAGAGGAGGAGAAAUAGAGGGAAGGAAGGGAAAAAAAGGGAAAGAAAAGAAAGGAAACAGGAGUAGAGGAAAAGAGAGAAGAUGAGAUAUAAAAGAGGAUAUGAAAGGAAACAAGAGGAGAAGAGAGGAGAUGAGAAAAAAGAGAGGAAAGUAAAGGAAAAGAAACAGGAGGAGAGGAGAAAUAAAGAGGAAAGGAAACAGCAGGAGAGGAGAGAAAAGAGGAAAGGAAGGAAGGAAAGAAAAAGAAACAGGGGAGAGAAGAGGAGAGGAGAAAAAAUAGAGAGGAAAGAAAAGGAAAGAGGAGGAGAGGAGAAGAGAGGAGAGGAAAGGUAACAGGAGGUUAGGAGAGGAGAGGAAAGGUAACAGGGAGGGUAGAGGAAAUAGAAAGAGAUGAGUUAAGAGGAAACAGGAGGAGAGGAGCAAAAAGAGAAGCGAGGAAAGGAAACGUGGAGGGGAGAGGAAAUAGGAGGAAAAAAAUUAAGAGGAAAUAGGAAGAGACAGAGAGUGCAGAGAGAAGGAGGAGAAGAGAUAGAAUAAUAGGAGAAGAGGAAAUAGAAAGAGAGAGGAGAGAGUUAGGUUGAAUGCAAGAGAAUGAAAGGUCAGAUGAAGACAGGAAGGAGAUGAGAUGAUGAUGAAAUGACAUAAUAAAAAUAGGGAGAGGAUGCCAAUGGCAGCAAGGGGAACAAGGGUGUGGAGAGAGGGAGGGAGAGAAGGAGGGUGAGGGGAUAAGGCAGUAUUAAAACCAGAGUUAGAGAUGAGUGAUUGCCAUAAAAGAGAAAAAAACAAAGAGAAGGAAGAGGAAGAAAGGUAAAGUAAGGACGUAGUGUAAUGAAGUCUGCUGCUUUUGAAGUCUGAAUAAAGAUGUAUGGUUAAAUCUACAUUUCUCUGGUAUUUUAUUCAUAACCAUAAAGGAGUUUCUUGAUAACGUUGUGUGUUUCUAAAUCUGGCCUGUUGUUCCUUUCAGCUCUGAAGAGACACAAGCUGACGGGCGACACCUCGGUGAUGACAUACCGUGGUCACGGCGUUCUGCACACCCUCAUCCGCUGCCGUUUCUCCCCAGAAUUCAGCACAGGACAGAGGUUCAUCUACUCCGGUUGCUCCACGGGCAAAAUCAUUAGUGAGUCUCACCAUGUGUCGCCUGCAAUAUGGAGUGGUGUUAUUUUUGAGUGAGCUUUGGUCAUCGACGUAGAAAAGAACUGCAGUUAUGAUGAGCAUUAGCGUGAUGAAUUGUUAUUCAAAACAUGCCCACAUGGUGCUAAUAAUGUGCAAUUCUUUGUGCAUACAUCCAGUUUAUGACGUGCUGACAGGCGCCGUUGUCUCCAGACUGUCAGGCCAUGAUGCUUGUGUGCGGGACGUCAGUUGGCACCCAUACGAGGACAACAUCGUCAGUAGCUCUGUGAGUGCUGUCAAUGCAGACUGUCUCACUGGAGGCAGUGUGUCGAAGCUUAUUUUCAUGAAAGUUGCGUUACGUUACUAGAAAUUGGACUUUGAUUUUUCCAUUAGGCUUGUCACUGAUCUUUAACCCUUUGGAAAGUGUGAAAAGAGAAAUAAAUAUCACAUUUUCGAUAAAUCCAAGAGACAUUGAGAGUCAAACAAGUUUUAAUAGACAGUUAUAGGAAGCUAUGCUGACUUUCUCGUCUGUGUUUCUCCACAGUGGGAUGGAGCGGUGCGAAUGUGGGAGCACAGACAGACCCUCCCUCUCGAGGAGGACAGAGAGAGGGAGAAGGACUGACAGAGGAAGAGGAAAACUCCUCAAGACGACAAAUGAAAAUAAAGACAUGUCCGGAGAAGUGACAUAUCUACUGAAGGGGCCGAGGCUAGCCCUUUACAGAGGAAACAAUAAGCUCAGAACCGGGAGAGACUUUAAUUACUUUAAAUUCAAUGCUGGAUAAUAAUAAUUACAGUUCAAGAGUGGUUACUAGGUGUUAAUUUCAGAGGCAUUAUAACCUUACACUGUCAAGGACAGACUGGGGCACUGUGGGAUGGCCUACUUUUUCUUUCACCUCACUGUCUCGCACAGUCUACGGGCCAUAGCUUUUUAAUUUGGUCUGAAGCACAUCACAACAAUGUGCCGAAGCUCCGAUCACUGAGCACUGCACUUACUUAAGAGCUUUUGAAAUUCAAAGUUAAGAUAGAUAUAUAAAAAUCGUAGUUGGAGAACCUGAGGUUGAUUCUGUAAAAAUGUAUAGUAUUUUAAUGGUAUGUGUGUUCAGGGAGUGUAUUUAGAUAGUUCUCGGUUUGCUGUCUUGGACUCAGUUUUGACUUUGUGGUUAAGAUAACCGGAGCGGAGUCGUUUAAACUCAUUUAAAUACCCCAAAGUACCAUAAAGAUCCAGAUUAUUUGCUGUUUGAGAGAAACAGCACACCUAAAGUUGGCUGUGGUCCAGCACGUGGUCUGGAUAUAACUUUGGAAACCAAGUCCACAAAUGUGUAAGCGUUUAACUCACAAUGAUUGUAUCAUAGAUACUCUGUAGACCACCUCAAGUCUUAAGGCAACCCAUGUAUUUAAAACAGUGAUAGCCCAUGGCCUGUCCAAGCCAGGAUCAGCACUCGACUUUGUAAACACAAACCCUGAGCCGACUUAAAGUUAAUAAGAGUAAUUUUGUUGGCCAAUAUAAAUCUUUUAUCUGUUUAAAAAAAAAAAAAAUUUGAAUGUUUGUGAAAAAAUGUAGAAGACUCGCUAAAGGGACAGAGAAUGUGUGCGUGAAUUAAAAUUUACACACUUUCUGUAUAUGCAAUUUUCAGGGGGUUUAUAUCCGAACCCUUAUUUCAUUCUCAGACCAUUGUUUUACAUGAACAAUAAAACCUUUCUUUAAAUGUUUCACCAAUACACCAAAGCUUUUAUACUGAG